GAGUAGUGUUUGAUGCGUAUGAGAAACAGUAGUAAAUGGAUUGUGUAUUGUUAUUAGUAUGCUUUACCAGAGUAUUUGUUGUUGAAAUAUGCUACUAUUUGAAUAAAAGUUUACUUGGACAUAAAAGUGUUACAUUUCUAGCACUGGUGGAUCAUAGAGUGUAUUUAAUUAAUUAGAAGCCUACCCUAUAGUGCGGCGACAAUUGAAUGUGAAUUGUUUAACGGUCCCGUGGACGUGAAUCAGCUGGCAGCAGUUGUCGAAUCUUACAUUAUUCCUGAGCUACAUUAUAUAUCGUGCUUCGAGCGAUUGUCAAAUGGAAACUAAACAGCUCAUAGCAAGAUACGAAUCAUUGAAUGGAAAGAAAUGGUCGCCUAAUUCCUUUUAUAACGAGGCCCUAGACAAACUCGGCUAUACAAAGGCGCGUUUGGAGGAAAGGGUAAAAAUAUAUGACAAUGCAGCCGAUUGUUUGACCAGGGUAACAAAUAGAAACUGGCCAGAAAGCAUAUAUGUUAUUGUUCCUGGAAGUCGUGGUGAAGGGAUGGCAGCUUCAUGGAAUAGUGAUUUAGAUAUGAUGUUUGUUCAGCCAGCAGUUAAAUGUUUUGAAAUUUAUCCAACGACAGAUUCCAAAGCAGUUGAAAACUGCGUAGCAGCCUUUGAACUUGACUUCCGUGAUAUCCCCGAAGGAUAUACAAAAUUACAUUUAAAACAUUUUAAAUGGUCCAGAGAAUAUAGAAAACUCACAUCUAGAAUUAAGAAAUCAUUGACGGACAAUGAUUAUUUGAAAAAUGGCGAAAGAUUGAUUGAAGCGGUAGAGUAUCGUAGUGGUGCUGUUCAGGCUCAAAAAAUAGGUUGGAUCAGCGAAAAUUACCGAUUCGAUGAAGUAACCGGACCUGCACAGCCACUCCAAUUUCCACUUCCAUUCCCUAACAAAUACUUGUCUUUUGACUUUGUUCAAGCAUUUCCUUGCGAUUGCCAGUCGGUAUUAGACGACUGGUUUAAACGAGAGAGACAAAAUUCCUGGCCAGGCGUAGAUGUCCUGAAUGCAAUAAAGGAAACAGAUGUAUUUGUUGUACCUGUUGGGCGGUCCGGUAGUAAAGAGGAGACCUUGCAAUGGAGAAUUUCGUUAACACUUGCAGAAAGAUCUCUGGUACGCUCAUUCAAUGACACGCAGGUAAAGGUGUAUGCUGCAUUGAAAAUGCUGGUAAAACAUGAAGUGAAACCGAUCUGUGCAAAUAUCACUUCAUACAUAGUGAAAAAUGUGAUCUUCUGGGUGUUUGAAAAGAGAUCAGGCACUGUUCAGAGAAACGAAUUCGUUGAGAUAUUAUUGCAGACGCUGAUAUACUUGAAAGAUUGUAUAUGUUUUGGAUGUCUUCCAAAUUACAUGAUUCCGUCCAGGAAUUUGCUACGAGGAAAGAUAUCACAAGAGGAAGCAUGUGCUUUGAAAGAGCAUCUCGAUAUUUUGAUUAAAGAAGAUUCAAAUGUUCUACUUCGUUGCCCUUUGGUAUACAAAAUGGCUGAACUGCCGGAGGAUGCUCUUAAGGAGAAAUUGUUAUUUAGGAAACUGUCGGAAGAGCUGUUUCUUGCAUUUUUCUCUGUUCCACCGCAUGUAUAUGACGAAAUUGAACAUUCAUUUCAGUUGGCACGGAACCCCGAUGAAUACCGUCGAAAGUACGCUACGCUUGUGUUACCAAUAAUACGAGAGCCAAAUCCUUUCGGUACAUUCCCUCUUUUGAAAACAAUGGCGGAUGAGGAAAUACAAAGCCGGCUGUUUGAAGGAUUCAGUCGUGGCGAUGAUAACAUGUGGAUGGAUUAGGAAAUAAAAUAAAUAAGACAGUUCAUAAAAUUAUGAAACCUUAGCAGACCGAAUCGAAAAAAAAAGAAAGUUCUGUUGUUUACUUAUAUUCCAACAUUACAUUGUUGUUAUCUAUGUAAACAAAGUUCAUACAUAUGACAUAUUUCUACUUAUACUGCGACAUUGAAAGUUAGUGCAAGGAGUGAAGUUAUUGUAACACAAAACCAAUAUUCUUCAGUUUACUUGAGAAAGGGAAAUGUGAAUAAGAGUAACCCAAUUGUGUGUUGUUUUUUAACAAUAGCGGGCGGACAUUUUUCUGAAGUAAUUUGUCCUCCAAAGCUAAUUGGAACAGUGCAUCUGUAAUGACAAUCAAACGAUUCCUAUGCGACCGCAUAUUUUCCUUAGGCAUUUCGGUAUUUUCAGAGGUAGAAUAGCUGAAGGCGCACUUGAAUUUCCGUAAUUUAGGCAUUUCGGUAUUUUCCGAUUUUUUUCAGAGGUAAAAUAGCUCAAGGCGCACUUGAAUUUCCGUAAUUUAGGCAUUUCGGCAUUUUCAGAGGUAAAAUAGCUCAAUGCGCACUUGAAUUUCUAUAAAAAAAAAGAGGAAAAAGCCGAUAUGACAAGUGGAGAUUACGUAAUUUUUCGAUAGUCAUUACGAGUUCAUUUCCUGAAAAGACGUAGCAGAUAUUGAUUCUUUAUGAACUUUCCAGUUUCUGCUAAUGAUAUAAAACUAAAGAUGAUACAAAAAGGAUUAUAAAGAUACUGCUGCAAAAAAGGUUUAUUGAAAGCUGACUCUGAUAUCUUGUUGUUUUGCAAACUUCUAAGGUUCUGGGUGACGACAAGUUUCAAAAUUUAUUACAUGAGGUUAUGACCUGACCACUGGCACCAGGCCACUGUUCAUAUUAUACCCUACCACAAGGUAUACUACAAGAACCGAAAAGUCAUGAAGUGAAACGUGCACUAACCCAUUUCAAUCGUACAUUUCUUACCCAAUACGCGCAGUUCGAUGAAUGGGUACCAAACAUAUUAAACAAGUAUAGUCAUUUAUUUUCCAUCGUGCACCAGUCAUAUUGUCUCAAUAUUUCAUAUUACAGAGAUACUCCACAUAUUUUAUGCUUUCGUCAACGUUACAGAAAAAAACUUGCGUGAACUUCCCUAAUGAACAUCCGGUCUAGUGGUCACAGAAUGCAAAAUAUUUUCUGUUUUACAAUAAAACAGGAAGUGAUGAGUGAAAUUCUUUUUAGAAAUGACUUUGAAUUUGAAGUCAUUCAUUGGUUUAUUUCUGCACUGUUUAUUUAAUUCAUUUGAAAGUUAGUGUAAGGAGUGAAGUUAUUGUAACACAAAACCAAUAAUCUUCAGUUUACUCGAGAAAGGGAAAUGUGAAUAAGAGUAACCCAAUUGUGUUUUUUUAACAAUAGCGGGCGGACAUUUUUCUGAAGUAAUUUGUCCUCCAAAGCUAAUUGAAACAGUGCAUCUGUAAUGACAAUCAAACGAUUCCUAUGCGACCGCAUAUUUUCCUUAGGCAUUUCGGUAUUUUCAGAGGUAGAAUAGCUGAAGGCGCACUUGAAUUUCCGUAAUUGAAUUUCCGUAAUUUAGGCAUUUCGGUAUUUUCCGAUUUUUAUCAGAGGUAAAAUAUCUCAAGGCGCACUUGAAUUUCCGUAAUUUAGGCAUUUCGGCAUUUUCAGAGGUAAAAUAGCUCAAUGCGCACUUGAAUUUCUAUAAAAAAAAGAGAGGAAAAUGCCGAUAUGACAAGUGGAGAUUACGUAAUUUUUCGAUAGUCAUGACGAGUUCAAUUCCUGAAAAGACGUAGCAGAUAUUGAUUCUUUAUGAACUUUCCAGUUUCUGCUAAUGAUAUAAAACUAAAGAUGAUACAAAAAGGAUUAUAAAGAUACUGCUGCAAAAAAGGUUUAUUGAAAGCUGACUCUGAUAUCUUGUUGUUUUGCAAACUUCUAAGGUUCUGGGUGACGGCAAGUUUCAAAAUUUAUUACAUGAGGUUAUGACCUGACCACUGGCACCAGGCCACUGUUCAUAUUAUACCCUACCACAAGGUAUACCAGAAGAACCGAAAAGUCAUGAAGUGAAAAGUGCACUAACCCAUUUCAAUCGUACAUUUCUUACCCAAUACGCGCAGUUCGAUGAAUGGGUACCAAACAUAUUAAACAAGUAUAGUCAUUUAUUUUCCAUCGUGCACCAGUCAUAUUGUCUCAAUAUUUCAUAUUACAGAGAUACUCCACAUAUUUUAUGCUUUCGUCAACGUUACAGAAAAAAACUUGCGUGAACUUCCCUAAUGAACAUCCGGUCUAGUGGUCACAGAAUGCAAAAUAUUUUCUGUUUUACAAUAAAACUGGAAAUGAUGAAUGAAAUUCUUUUUAGAAAUGACUUUGAAUUUGAAGUCAUUCAUUGGUUUAUUUCUGCACUGUUUAUUUAAUUCAUAUUGCAUCUUUUAUGCUGCAUAUACACAUUUUAGCAUACACGUGUAGUUAAACAACGACUGACAUAUAUUUUCACAUCAACCAAUCAGAAAACGUUUGUAAUUUAGACUGGAACUUCACCAGGGAAGUUCAACGAAGUUUUUUCUGCAGAGUUGAGAAAACAAUAAACGAGCCGUGCCAUGAGAAAACCAACAUAGUGGCUUUGCGACCACAAAGUCUGGCCAGGAUCCAUGCUGUUCACUUUCAAAGCCUAUUACAAUUAGAGAAACCGUCAGCGAAUAACAUGGAUCCUGACCAUACUGCGCGAAUGCGCAGGCUGACCUGGAUCCAUACUGAUCGCAAAGCCACUGUUGGUUUUCUCAUGACGCGGCUCAAACUAUGCGUUGUUAUUCUAAGAUAUGAUAUAUUUGAGGAAACGUUACCGGGAUACAAUGGAAGAUAAAUUACCACUUGUUCAAUAUCCAUAGUACAUAUUUACCGAACUGUGCGUUUAAGAUAUGAAAUGCGUGAUUGAAAUGGUUUAGUAUAUUUUCCCGUUCAUGACAAUGGUUUAUUAUAGUAUACCUAGG